AUGAUUCUUUGAAAAACUCUCACCAAAGGCCACAUUUCUUUUUCCUCUUUCUGUUCAUACCAUCCAUGACUCAACCACCACCAAAUUAGGCCAAAUGCAAUUUUAUUUAUUUUUUUAAAUUUAAUUUACUCAAAAAUCUCUCAUUUUAAUUUCAUCCAAAAACCUUGAAAAAGACAAACAAUUACUUAAUCUACAAGUGUUCUGAAGAAACUAUGGAUUUAAGUGCCAUUAGAAAACAUAAACACAUUGUGAAGAUUUGUCAAUUGAGUUGUCUUCUCUUUACUUCUACUGUUUAAGAAAAAAAAAGAGUUGUUUUAGAGCGUUUAUAAAUUAGUUGAUUUCUCGAUUGUUUCAUGGCGAUGUUGAAAUUGAAUUGUGGAUGGAAUUUGGGAAUGGGGAAAAAGUUCGAUUUUGGUAAUCGUGGAUUUUUGAGAUUUGGAGGUAUGAGAAUUCGAAGAGAUGAUGAGAAACAGGGGAUUUGGUUGAAUUGCUGCAGCAGUGUUGAAAAAGGUACAACAAUCACUGUGAGUGGUACUGAUUACUAUUAUAGUUCGAUAGCAUCAAUGACUGAUUCUACGACUAAAAUUGAUAACGACGAUGGAGAGGAAUUUGUGAGGAUGAUGAGGGAAGCUCAGCCUUAUUUUCUUGCGCAUAGGGAUCGGACAUUUGUUGUUCUUCUAUCAGCUGAGAUUAUUGAUAGCCCUUAUUUGUCUUCCAUAAUCAAGGAUAUCUCGCUCCUUCAUGGCCUGGGAAUCAAGUUUGUUCUUGUACCCGGAACUCAUGUCCAAAUUGAUAGGUUUCUGGCUGAAAGAGGAAGUGAGCCCAAGUAUGUAGGCCGCUACAGAGUAACAGACCCUGAUUCACUGAUGGCUGCAAUGGAUGCAGCUGGAAGAAUUCGUCUUAUGAUAGAGGCAAAGUUGUCUCCGGGGCCAUCAUUGACUGGUGUCCGCCGGCAUGGAGAAAAUAGUCGCUGGCAUGAUGGUGUUAGUGUUGCUAGCGGUAAUUUUCUAGCAAUGAAGAGAAGAGGAGUUGUAGAAGGAACUGAUUAUGCAGCGACUGGUGAAGUAAAGAAGAUAGACGUUUCUCGCAUUCGUGAGAGACUUGAUCAGGAUAGCAUUGUGUUAUUAAGCAAUCUUGGAUAUUCCAGCUCUGGAGAAGUUUUGAACUGCAACACAUAUGAAGUUGCUACAGCUUGUGCCUUGGCUCUAGGAGCAGAGAAACUGAUUUGUAUUAUAGAUGGUCCAAUUCUGGAUGAGUCUGGCCGUCUUAUUCGUUUCUUGACUCUUCAAGAUGCUGACAUGCUGGUUCGCAAACGAGCAGAACAAAGUGAGGCAGCAGCUAAUUAUGUAAAAGCUGUCAGUCAAGAGGACUUCAAUUGUUUAGGUCACAAUGGUUCUAAUGGAUCAAUCUCUUCCUACAAUAUGAAUGGGUUUAGCCAAAAAUACAGUGUUUUUCAGAAUGGUGUUGGUUUUGACAAUGGGAAUGGGCUUUGGUCUAGUGAGCAGGGUUUUGCCAUUGGAGGACAAGAGAGGUUAAGUCGACUAAAUGGUUAUCUUUCAGAGUUAGCUGCAGCUGCUUUCGUGUGCAGAGGAGGUGUUCAACGAGUUCACCUGCUGGAUGGUACUAUUGGUGGAGUUUUACUAAAGGAAUUGUUCCAAAGAGAUGGAGUUGGGACAAUGGUAGCUAGUGAUCUUUAUGAAGGAACACGAAUGGCUCGGCUGUCAGAUAUUCCCGAGAUCAAACAAUUAUUACAACCUCUAGAAGAGUCUGGAACAUUGAUCAGAAGGAGCGAGGAAGAGCUUGUGGAGGCACUGCAUUCAUUCAUUGUUGUGGAGAGAGAAGGCCAUGUUAUAGCUUGUGCUGCUCUCUUUCCUUACUUUGAAGAAAAAUGUGGAGAGGUUGCUGCUAUUGCCGUUUCUCCUGAUUGUCGUGGCCAAGGACAAGGAGACAAAUUACUAGAUUACAUCGAGAAGAAGGCAUCAUCCCUUGGAUUGCAAAUGUUGUUUCUGCUUACAACUCGCACAGCUGAUUGGUUUGUGAGGCGCGGUUUUUCUGAAUGUUCUAUCGACCGUAUACCAGCUCAAAAAAGGAAAAAGAUCAAUCUCUCUCGUAGGUCAAAGUACUACAUGAAGAAGCUGCUACCUGAUAGAAGUGGUAUACGCUUUGACAACCCCUUUUCAUAAGAACAAAAACGGGUUUCUGCGUAGUGUCUCUGCAAUAAAGCUUGGAUUAAAUGGUUAAUCCUUGUUAAUCUGUGUCCAUUAGGUGUAAUCAUAGCAAAGAAUGUAUAAAGCUAUGCACCUGUAAAAUCUCAGGCAUGGUACAUUGUCUGCUCUAUAAUGUAGCUUAUGCUUGAUUUGGUCGCUAACAUUCAUCUGUCUUUUACCUUUUUGGGUCAAAUUUUUAGAGUUAAGAAAAGCUGGAGCUAAGGUUCCUUCUUGUGCUCCAUAGAUGUUCAUUUGAUUCCUGUAGAUUGGAGUGUGUUAACUGAGCCUCUUGCUUAUGGUAACAGUACAUAACAUGGUCUA